AUGGCCGUGGUGGUGCAGUUUCUGGUUAGAAAGUUCGUUGAUAGCCUGGCGGAGGAGGGAGCCGCGGAGCUCCCUUUCAGCUCCCACUUCUACGACAUGAGGGCCGGGUUGGAGAAGGCAGCCAUUUCUUCCACCAACGCCGAUGAGCUCCGAGAGUGCAUGUACGAGCUCAAUAACCUGCUCUCGCAGUGCCGCAUGCUCAACAACCGGCCAAUCCCGCGGAGCUGCUUCUUCUCCCCCUCUGAAGCAUGGCUUUCCAACAAGGUCAAGCAGCGGGUGAUCGCCAUGAAGCGCAGAGUCCUGCAAUGUGUCCAUAACGAUGACCCCAACGGCGAUGCAGCAGCCUUGCCGGAGGAGAAUGCCACCACUGCUGGGUUCAGUCGGUGGAGUACUUCUUGGGUUGAGCAGAGCAGGAUCUACGGGUUCGACCAACAGCUCGCGGAGCUAGAGUCCAGGGCGUUCAGGGACAGAAGCCCCGGACGACUUACAGGCGUCGGCAUCGUCGGCAUGGGCGGCAUCGGGAAGACUGCACUCGCGCAGCUCGUGUUCAACAGCCCGCUGGCCAGGCGCCGCUUCUUCCCCAGGAUCUGGGUGUGCCUGUCGCGCACCUCUUGCAUUGGCAAGGAUGUGCGCAAGGAAGUCUUGCAGAGCAUACUUAUGGCCCUCGGACUCGAAGAGGAGUUAAUAUUGGCCAUUGAUAGCCUGGGAGACAUGGAGUUAGCUGUCCAUGAGCAGCUCAAGGGGAAGCGGUACCUCAUAGUAUUCGACGAUGUCUGGAACGUCGACGACUGGUACGCCGACAUUGCAGGCCAUGAAAAUGCCUUGUCGAGGGGCGAACAAUUGCAAAAUGGCCUUGUGCUCGCGUUGCCCAAAGAGAGAGGUGGAAUUGUGAUCGUUACCAGCCGUCAAGAGCAGGCAGCAGAGAUGAUGGUGGGGAAGGGUAGUGUGUACCGUGUGAAGCCCCUGGCCGACAGAGAGAGCGCCUGGGCGAUCUUUAUGGAUGCUCUGAACAAGGAAAGACAGCCGAUCGAUCUCGCAGCUAUUAACAACCUGAAAGAGGAAAUUCUUCAGACCUGUGGUGGGCUACCGUCAAUGGCCAAGGCGAUGGCAGACAUCUUCGCAAAAAGUCUAACGUUACCAGCAUCAACUUCUAGCCAGGAACUUAAGCUUGAGUAG